GCUGUAGAGCUGUACACUCAUCAUGCCAGAGCUGACUUCAAAGGGCACGACCAUUUCUAAGAAGGGCUUCAAAAAAGCUGUAACUAAAACUCAGAAGAAAGAAGGAAAGAAGCGCAAGAGAUGCCGCAAAGAGAGCUAUUCCAUUUACAUCUACAAGGUGCUGAAGCAGGUGCACCCUGACACCGGCAUCUCUUCGAAAGCCAUGAGCAUCAUGAAUUCCUUUGUAACGGACAUCUUCGAGCGCAUCGCGGGCGAGGCGUCCCGCCUGGCGCACUACAACAAGCGCUCGACCAUCACGUCCAGGGAGAUCCAGACGGCCGUGCGCCUGCUGCUGCCCGGGGAGCUGGCCAAGCACGCCGUGUCCGAGGGCACCAAGGCUGUCACCAAGUACACCAGCUCCAAGUGAACUAGCCCAAGUAAGCGUCCUCACCUAAAUAACCCAAAGGCUCUUU